CGUUACGUAAAAGUUUUUAAAUUUUUAGCAGAUUUUAAUGCACUUUUAUCAGUGUUUAUGACAUAUUGCUUAAUGUGAGUUACAUAUAUGAACAGAGAUCAUUGCUGUCCAAUAARAGUUCAGUAUCACUGAGCUGUUUAGCAGACAGACUGAAAUCUUUUAUCACUAGUGAAUAACUGAUCAUUAUUUCUACACUAAACCCUCAUCUURUGUCCUCAGYUUCCCAGCAUGCUCUUGGUGGAGUGGUGGAGGUUAACGAGGGGGCGGAGUCUGYCCUCCUGCCCUGCAUUUAUCAUGGUCAAAUACCUGAAGACCCGUUCCUCAUCUGGACUCGCAGUGCUCUCAGUCCUAACUCUGUCCACCUACGGAGWGAAAAUGGUGAUGACCUUAAAAACCAGAACCAGCGUUUCAGAGGACGGACCUCCAUGAAUCCUGACGCUCUGGAUACUAGAAACUUCAGCCUGACUCUGAGGAAACCUGAGCAGGAUGAUGGAGGAAACUACAGCUGCAGCAUCUCUGAUGGAAGAGAAGAACAGAACCUGAAACACAUUCAUCUGAAGGUCAAAGUUGGUCAGCAGGAGGUCGAGGUCACUGAAGGGUCAGAUUCUGUCCUCCUGCCCUGCACAACAUCAGCCAACCUUCCUGAGGGCACGUCAGUGGAGUGGACCCAGUCAGAACCUCAUUUCAUGUUCAUUCAUGUGUUUCCCAACACGAGUAAACACUUCACCCAGCAGGACAGACGUUACAGCUGCCGCACAGAGAUGAACAAAGACUUCCUGAGGACCGGAGACGUCAGCCUGACCCUCAUGGAUCCCACACACAGAGACGAUGGACGCUAUGUCUGCACUGUCCACAGAGACCAGGACGUCCUGAGAGACACUGUAGUUCUGAAAUAUGUAAAGAAAGAACCGUUUCCAUCCUGGGCCACAGCUCUGCUGGUUCUGCUGGUUCUGCUGGUUCUCAUCGUCUGUGCAGGCGGUUUAUAUCAUUUUGAAGGUUAUUUCCUGAAAGCUCCACAGGUGAAGGUGGAUUCAGGGGUAAAGUCUGUCCUGCUGCCCUGCAGAACCAGAGUCUACCUGCCUGGAGGCGCUAGAGUGGAGUGGAGGGACRGAGAGAACAGGAUGGUCUCUGUGUAUCAGAAAGGUUCUGGUGAUCCUGAAGAACAGAACCUGACCAACAACAAYAGAACCAGGAUGAAUGACGACCCACUGAAGACUGGAGACCUCAGUCUGACUCUGGAACGUCCCUCAGUUACAGACAGCGGGAUCUACACCUGCAGAGUCUCCAUCUGGAAACGAGUCAUCCUGAUGAUGAAACGGGUUAAUCUCCAGGUCAAAGAUAUUGUUGGUUUGUAUCAGCCUGACCUUAAAGCGUCUCUGAAGAAAUUCGAAAAUCUCUGUGAAGACAUUUAUGAACUUGGAAAUCAAACCUCUCUGGACCAGAUCUACACAGAGCUCCACAUCACAGAGGGGUUAACUAGAGAGGUCAACCAGGAACAUGAGGUCAGACGGAUUGAAACAGCAUCCAGGAAACAAGAA